UCUGCUGGAACGCUUCUAUAUACAGCAACACAGAAGAAGACGACGAAGCGCUUUAUUUACUUUUGUUGUCAUCUAAGAACUUCUGGGUUUUUUUUAUCUUUUAUUUCAAGCAUUAAAUAUUAGACCUCGGUCUCGCCAGAAUCUGUCGCAAGGCUGAGAGAGGUUUGUGUUCGUCUGUUACUGAGGGCAGUGGGUAGCGGGUCAUAAUUCAUGGCAGAGGGCAGCAGCAGUCUGAGCAGUGCUCCUGCAGGAGACCCGCAGCUCAUCGAGCUCAUUGUGCAGCAUCUGAAGAACAGAGGCCUGUUUGAUGAGUUCAGACGAGACUGUCUGGCAGACGUGGACACGAAGCCAGCUUAUCAAAAUCUGCGACAGAAGGUGGACAACUUUGUGUCCAAUCAUCUCAGUACUCAAGAAUGGAGUCCGUCCAUCAACAAGAACCAAGUGAGGAAUGUCUUGAGACGAAGUGUAGUUCAGUCAGGGAUGUUGGAAUCAGGGGUGGACCGUAUCAUUACUCAGGUGGUGGACCCUAAAUUAAACCAUAUCUUCAGGCCACACAUCGAGGACGCCAUUCAUGAUUUCCUAGCCGCAGACAAGAAAGAAGAGGGUGCAUCAAAUUCAGCCCCUGAUGCUGAACAACAGGAAAUAACUAGCAACACUGCAGCCAAAACACAAACAGCGUUAUCAUCAUCGUCGCGAGACAUGCGUGUGCAACUGACCAUAGGAGUGUUUGUAUUGUUUUUGACGGUGCGGCAAACACACGCGACUGAUUCCAGCAGCGCUCAUGACUCCUCACAAGAGAAAUCAGUGAACAUCCAGAAGAGGAGACUCUCUCUGCAGAACACAGUGGAGAUUCAGCAAUGUCUGGUGAAUGCAGGUGAUGUAGGCUGUGGGAUGUUCGAGUGCUUCAACAACAACUCCUGCGAAAUCCGUGGACUACACGACAUCUGCAUGACGUUCCUCCACAAUGCUGGCAAAUUUGACUCCCAGGGAAAAUCGUUCAUCAAAGAUGCGCUGAAAUGCAUGGCCCAUGGACUUCGCCACAAGUUCAGCUGCGUCAGCCGCAAGUGUCUGGCAGUGAAAGAGAUGGUGUUCCAGCUGCAGCGCGAGUGUUACGUCAAACACAACCUCUGCUCUGCCGUGAGGGAGAACGUCAAUGUCAUGGUGGAGAUGAUCCACUUCAAAGACCUGUUUCCUAAAGGGCCCCAUGUGGAGUUAGUAAACAUCCUGCUGGGAUGCGGCGAGGAGGUGCGCGUCGCCAUCGCCCACCGAAUACGAACUCAGUGUGAGCAGAACUGGGGAGCUCUGUGCGGGAGUCUGAGUCUCUGUGCCCUCAGAAAGGUGGAAAACCAGGCCGGUUCCACCCUCGCCCCUGUCCCAGACAUCACCACCCCCCCGGCAGCCAGCGGCAACUCCCUCCCUCCCGCGAGCCCGCGUCUCCCUGCGGCCGACGGGGAAACGGUCUGGACACUCACAGAAGAUGAAAAUCAGUCCUCAGGUCCUCAAGACAACGCCUCUGAUGCUGAAAAAGAGCUAAAGAGGUCUCUAAAUGCCACCAAAAGGAGGUGAAGGGAAGCGGGUUCUCAGUGCCUUUAGCCCACACGUCCAAAAAGGCUCGUUCACUGCUCUCCUUUCCUGCCUCUCUCAAGGACAGAUAAGCUGCAGUCUCCAGUGCUUCUAUAAGAGCACCAGCGACGACAGGGUAUUUCAAUGUGACGUUACAUUUAGAGCUGUCAUCGGUCAUUGUGUUUGUUUUGUAAGUCAUUCUGUGAGAACACGGACUGGUACAAUAUUUAAGAGGAGUCUCAACAAUUUUGCAAUAUUUCAGUGGCAUUUCACCCUUUGUAGAUAUAUUUGUAGAUUGUGGAAUAAGUGCAUUCCUCAGACUGCAGACUCUUCAGAAUGCUUAGAGAGAGUCUGUCAGGCUGCAAUUCUAAUAGCAUUAUUACAAAAACUGGGCCUUGUGUUUUGUGAUGACAUCAUUCCAUCUGCUCAGUAUUUGUCUGCUUUGAAGCAAGUCCAUUUGGGUGAACAUCACAGAAACAUGUCCAGAACACAUUUCACCCCAAAAGAAAGAAAGGAAAUGACUAUUAAUAAAAAUAAAAUAAUUUAUACAUUGGAUUACACUACUGUUUAAAAGUAUGAGGUCAGUCUUUU